CGGAACCGGUACUAGAAAGAUGCACCCGUCGAAAAAGAUGAUCCCCGCCGAACUGGACGAUCAUGAGAAGGGAAAGCUGUUUGUCGGCGGGCUGUCCUGGGAGACGAGCCACGAGAACCUGCAGCGCUACUUCAGCCGGUACGGUGAGGUCAUCGAUUGCGUCGUGAUGAAGAACAACGAGACGGGCCGGUCACGCGGUUUCGGUUUCGUGACGUUCGCCGAUCCGGAGAACGUUGAGCGGGCGCUGGAGAACGGUCCGCACACGCUGGAUGGUCGCACGAUCGAUCCGAAGCCGUGCAAUCCGCGCUCGCAGCAUAAGCCGAAGCGCACCGGCGGAUAUCCGAAGGUGUUCCUCGGCGGAUUGCCGCCCAACAUCACGGAGACGGAUCUGCGCACGUUCUUCUGUCGCUACGGCAACGUGAUGGAGGUUGUCAUCAUGUACGAUCAGGAGAAGAAGAAAUCGCGCGGGUUCGGAUUCCUGUCGUUCGAGAACGAGAACGCGGUCGAGCGGGCCACGAGUGAUCAUUUCGUGCACAUCAGCGGCAAGCAGGUCGAGGUGAAGAAGGCGGAACCGCGCGAUGGCAACCAGAACAACAGCAACAGCAUGAAUACGGACUCGUACCAGUGGGGCUCGCCGCAGGCGCCCCCGAUGGGCAACGGCCAGAUGGGCGGACCGCCGAUUAACAUGCAGUCGAACAUGAUCCAGGGCUACCAGGGCUGGGGCACGUCGCAGCCGCAGCAGGGCUACGGUGGGUACGGAGCGGGAGCCGCCAGUGCUGCCAAUACGUACCAGAGCUGGGGUGCUCCGCCACCGCCGCAGCAGUGGGGCAAUUACAACGCGACGCCCCAGCAAACCCAGGGCUACGGUGGUUACGACAUGUACAACAACUCCGGUGCCGGUAGCGCCGGUGGAUACGGUUCCGGUAACUGGAACUCGUGGAACAUGCCCCCGAACACGGCUGGAUCUGCGGCCGGCUCGACCGCGGACAUGUACACGCGUCCGCAGUCGGGACCGACGGCCGGGCCAGGUGUUUCGGCCGGCCCAACCAGCGGUGGUCCGUCAAAGCCGGGCUCGGAGUACGGUGGUGGUUCGGCGGCCUAUGGUGGCGGUGCUGCAGCUGCUGCUGCGGCCGCGACUGGGUACAACUACUACCAGAACGACCAGAACUCGUACAACAAUCGGCCGCGUUCGGUGUACGGUGCCGGCAGCGAUGCCACCUCUCAGCCACCCUACCAGGCGUUCUAGAUGGGCCUGCCGGCUGCUGCUUCGACCGUUCGCGGUGCGGCCACCGUGGAGUCGUGGCCGGGUCGGCCCUGCUUGUCGGAGCCACCACCGGAGCAGUAGUGCGCGACAGCGUGGUUAGGACGAUGAAACAACAGCGCGAUGAAACUGGACAAUUAGAGUAUAUAUAUAUACACAUGCACACAGCAACACACCCACACACCACCCAUGCGUUGGAUGCCACAAACAAUAAUAGACCGAGCAAAGCAUCAGUUUCAGCACAUCAGCAGCAGCAGCGGCGCAAUGUCGAGGUUGUGAUGGGUGAGAAAGUUGAUGAAUUUUGUUUCCUCCCGGACAGACGGAAUACCCAAAUCAUGCAACACGCUGCCACCUUGGGCGGCGCUAUAUAUCCGGCAGAAUAGAUAGCGAGAAUCAUCAAUUAAACGCGGGCGCUGAUGCGAGAGAAGAGGAAAAAACACACACUUCAUUAUAAAUAUAUAUAUAGAGAUACAUAUAAACGUACUAAAGGUAAACAGCAUAUUAAACUGGAGGGAUUCUAAUAAGGAUGGAAAAUGGAUGCUUAGCAAAGAUUAUAAGAGUAAUUAUUACCUAUACACAUAGACACACGCUCGUUCACCCGUAAAUUUUCACACAACACCUUGUACACCGUAUAAACGAUCGGCGAAAGCGAACAAGAGGACGUUGUCAGAGCGGUGGCAGAAGCAGAAAACAGAGGAAACAUAACACAAAUUCAGAAUAAGUCAUAUGAUGUACACACGAAUAAGACACAUGCGCGUUAGAAUGUAGGAUGUAGCAGCAGCUCGGGGAUCGAACGGAAUCGCACACGCGAGGUAAAUGGAGAGGAAAAUUUAGCGCUGAAAAUGAUGGCACAUGCAGAGGAAAACUCGGGCGUCCGGCGUUCGUAUAGCUUUGAAGAGUAAACAGUUUCCGUUUUCUCAUGGAAAUUCAUAUUUUAUUGUACUAAAUUAUCGUAUCAUAUUUUUUCGCCUCCAUUGGAGCUCAAACUUCUCCAUCCUUUCUGAGCUCCUCCAUGCAGUGUGGCCAGGUGUAUAAAUUAGUUUGAUAUUUCAAUUUUUAACCAUUUUCCUCCUCACACGUGUGUCACGCACGAGCAAGUAGGAAGACGAUUGGCAAACGCGCGUUUCAAGUGAAAGUGGAAUUUUGUGCUUGGCUCAGGUGUGUUUUCAAUCGCGCCUGAAAAUACGUCGGCGCUUUUGACCACACGCGCGUCUACACGUACCGACAAGGAAACAUUAAUCGAAUUUUUGCUAUAUUUUGGUAAUAGUACAGAAAGUGCGCGAUCGGUGCCAGAUAGAACCUGGCGACGUCUACGUAACUGUUGAACUUCUAUCACGACAAACGAAGGAGACGUACACAGAAUACAUUGCUGAACAAUUUGAAUUCGGAACCAGAACAGCCGUUCCCCAAAACAGCUUGCGCGCUGUAGUAAUGUUGUUUUACGGUGAAGCGAAUGAAAUUGUACGUAUAAUGCGGUUUUGUGCAUUCGUUUAUUUUUUACUUUAUCUUAUUUUUUUCACUUUGAUUUUAUUUUAAAACUACAAUUACGAUAAAUAACUAUUAACGAUAGCUUCUUCAUUUUGUACUUUUGCUAAUGAUACUGUACUCUGUAGCGCCCUAUCGUAAGUCACCGCGAAAGCUUCUCGCGUUUCGUCUUCAGUAGGCCACUUCCCCGCGUGAGGGGGUGGGUUUCUUUCUCCCGCGCUUGUACCGGUAUUAGAGAAGAGACGGCACCACGGUUUACGCUAAGUUCCCGUGAGUUGCGCGGAUCCAACUGCCUAUCCCUGCGAACGCGUUCCCAUUUUUCUUCCCUUUUCGUCCGAGCCACGGCGUGGUACGUGGUGUCAUGUUUUAAUGCAUGGGUAGCACACGAUGUAAAAGGAGAGACAAAUUUUCGCAACCGAUUAGAGCUAUAGUUGGCAUGACAAGAAGGCAAACGGCAGUCCCAGGCUGACGCGGGGCACGACGAUCACCGUAUUGGAAGUAAGGGAACAGGAGAGAAGCAAAUCGAUUUGCAGGCUACAUGUAGAACGCACGGCAGGAUUCGACUUAACAUAAUUAAUGGUAGUUGCACUCUGUUCGUUCCAUACAUUUCCCUUGAUUUUAAAGCUAGGUAAACAACUUUGCAGUUAAUUGAUACUUGUAGUAACGUUAAAAUGCGGUGAUAAGCAGUGUAAAACUACCAUCAUUAUCAAAGCUAACGAUUAAGAGAGACCGUGCGCGCGGACGCAAUAGCGAAUAGUUUCAUGCGAUAGCUUACUUCUAGAGCAAAGCACAUACAAACAAAAACAAGGAAACUGUAAGGUAAAGAAAUGGCCGGUUUUAAACGAUAGAAAAUCAUUCGGUUAACUUGAUCAUAGGCUUAUAAUAGUAUUUUCUGUUUUAGAUUUUCUUUCCUCUUUUUUUGGUUGCGGCCAGUUCCCUCUCUGCUGCUUCUGUUCGGAAGAGGUGAUUCUUGUUCUUGCGCUCGUGCGUUCGUGCAUGCUGUACAUUAGAUGCCCUCAAUAUAAUAUUGGCCGCGGAGCAGGAUUGCUUCCAAGCUACGACACACCCCGUAUGUUAUGUUUUAAUUCUCCUUUCCCGCUCCUACUUCCUUUCAUUUUGUUUUUUUUUCUACGCGGAUCAAUCGAUUUCCCUACGCCUCUAUGUCCACCUUUUUUCCACCCAACACCCAUGCAUAGAAUCCUGCUUUCGAGUUAGAGAGUUUUGUUUUUUAAACAACGUAUGAUUAUAGCUAAAAUACAAGCAACAAAAACGCCUAACAUCUAAGUGAAAAACAAAAAAUCAACAUCAACAACAUAUGGACUCUAGCACGCGGUAAUUAAGAUACAACGCGCCUAACGCGUUUUAAGAGCGAGAACUGAUAUUGUAUAACUUUUAGAAACAACUAGUGGAGGGAAACGAACAAGCCACGAUUGUUUUAUUGAACUUACACGCACGGUUUUAGAUGGUAAUCGCACAGACAAGACAACAACACAGGCCAGGGCUUCGGCAGGGCGUUUGGUAUUUUUCGUCUUUCCUUUGUUCCUUCUUCCAGCCGGAGAGGAGCAAAGGAUAGAACACAUGUCGCGAGUGGGAAGCGCCACGGUAACUUUAGAGCAGCAUCAUCCCAACCGCGCAGGAUAAGAAAGGAUGCAAACCGUUUUUUUAAGGAUUUAUUUUCGUAAGUCACGCUUACAUCCCGGGCGGGGUAAGCGCGCAUGGGUAAGAUUCGCCAACAAGAGAUUAGUGAUAGAUAGAGAACGGUCACUUAAUAACAGAUUAGAUACAGCAAAAAAGAAACAAACUAUAGCGCUAAACUAAGUAGAGGAGUGAGCUCGAUGGUGACCGAAAAAAAGAGAAACACGGCAAGCAAGCAAGCGAGGAAGGAUGAACAAAAGAUGUUGAUAGAGUGUGAAUGUGAGUGAGAACGUGAAUGAGCGAGUAAGUUAGUCUGGACGAGUGAGAUGAGAGAGAAUUGAAAGAUUGAAAGUCUAAGAAUAAAUACUUAAUAGCGAGAAAAAAAGGAUAAAAAAGGAAAAAAAUCUGCAAUUCUAAAAAUGUAACAAGCCCCCAUUGUAAGUAGUAGAGCAACAAAAGCACACCCAGAAUUAAGCGAAACGUUGAAACACUAAAGAGAAGUUUAGAUUAAAAGACCAGGAAGCCCUGUUUAGUUAAACAAAUGUGUUGAAGUAAGCAACAAAAACCCAUAAGUAAGACAGCGAUAGCGAUACGAAGAGAGUUGGAUGCGUAAAAGCGGUGUAAGAAAGCGUGAAGUUUAUCUUUUUUUAAAUAGUUGUUUCCCGGUAUCGAAUACCGCAGCCAAGCCGCGCGUGAAACUAGAGUUGAUGUUUAUGUUUCGUUUAUUUUCUUCCGUUCAAACGUUUUCCACCAGCUUUUUCUAAUACGAUACGAUAAAGAAGAAUAGUAUAGACGUUAGCCGUUGUUCUCGUUUCCCUGCGCCUGUAUAUUCCAAGUAGUUCCUCUGAUGAUCUUCCUCUAUGUUAAGUGAUGGAUGUGUGUCUCCUGUGCGUCUACUCUUCCCGGUCCCUUUCCCUCGACCCUGCCACUUCCCACCGUCUAUCGAUCCGUUGAGCUCUGGAAUUCGUUCCGUAAGAUAAAAUCCUCUGCGUUUGUUUGUUUGAUCUAUAGCUAUGAUUUUUAGUGCUUUUUAGUAUGUGUAAAGGUGUUAUUGAACUAAACUGAGAGACAAAAAAAAACAGAAAUAAGGAACCCAGCAAGAUGUGUGCUACCCGAUCCUAUGAGGAAAGCGUUGGUUAUUCUUAGCGCGCUACAGUUUGCGUAUAAGCUUAUUCUGCUUUAUUAUUAUUUCUUUUUGUAUUUGCUAUCUUUUCCUCCCAUUAUAACGUAAAUAUAUACCAUUAUAAUACCUAUGCUCGUAUAUAAGUACGAUUUUUUUAUCGUUUUUGCCCGCCAACUAUGCGUACAUCCAACAAUACCUUAUUCACCGAUUUGCAACCGUGCACGAUUGAAUAUAGUUUUGGCUACAAAAAGAAUGUGUUCAGUUUGUAGUUGUUAUUCCCACUGGUAGGAAAUUAGGAAUUCGCUUACGUGUAUCGAGCGGGCUUGUGCCGUGUGUGUGUGUGUCCUUGCGUCUUCUGAUCCUUUUUGACUAGUGAGAAACCAAAAGAUACAGUUUAAUGCUUUAAAAUGUGACGUAAAAGGUAUCUUUUUUUAAACAUAAUACGCAUGUAAGACCAAUAUGAUCAUUCAUCGACGAGAUUAGGCAGUUGUCGAGUUAGCGAUACGUUUGCUAGUACGAGGUUCCAAACCUUACUAACCUGUUUGUUGGAAGAGAUUGAUCAGCUAAAGAGAACCACGAGACCCCACGCGUUAGAAUGGACAUGGUGGCUUCUCAUAGGAGCGUUCAAUAACUUUCUACACAAGUAAUUUAGGCGAAUCGCAUUAACAACACAAAUAGAAGGUAAAUUAAAAAGUAACGCAAUCCCUGGACUCUAUCGUGAACGGACGAUAAACGCAGGAAAAACGAAUCUGUGGACUUAUUGCAUGAAAUAACAUUGAAAUAAUUUAAAGUGUAGGAAAAAUGACAAAACUAUUGUAAAAUAGGAAUAAAAAUUCAGUAACAGCUUAGAAUUACUUUGUGUAAGAGCUCAGUAAAGAAUGGUCACAGGACACACGCGAUACACACAGGCACAUUUUUCUCGCUUUUUAUUCACCGUUACGAUUCUUGGCACAAUUAAAAGAUCCCUAUAUAUGUAUGUUAGGAGAACUCAAUACGGACAUUUGUUGUAGCUUAAACAAAAUGAACCGCGGUACGAUCGGUCUAAUACAGUACCGCUCGCAACGGAUAAGGCUAUGCAUUGAAGAAAGGCACACACAAUCCUGCACGCUCCCUUAGAAAUGGCAUAGAAAUUGAAAUAGAUUGAAUCCACCACCAUUUCGUUUCUACACAUCCAAAUUUUUAGUUUUGCGCUCUACCCUGGAUAGAAGGUUGUCGCAGCAGUUUGAUUUUUAUUAUUUUUAUUUUUGUAUCACAAGAUUUUUUUAAUUUUUUACUCAUAUUUUUGUAUUUCAACAGCUGAAUUUAAUAAAUUUAUUCAUUUAAUAUUGUA